AUGAAACGUGGUAGAGCUUCUGUAAAUAUGGGUAACCUCAACCGCAACCGAAGAAAGGAGAUUGCGAGGAAUCAUCCAAGCUCACACAAAGGUAAGGGACGGGCCAGGUCUUCAUCUCAAACCCGAGAUGAUUUUGAUGCGGAUUACAACCGGAGAGAUGUGGAUGCGAUGUCCGAUGAGCAACUAGCACAACUAUUGCAACAACAUCAAGGACGCUUUUUCCCUCAAGACAUCCCGAUCAUUGAGGAAAAAGAGCCUGAGGAUGAUGAUGCGGAUGAGGGGGAUCCGCAAACGGUCGAGGACGAGGUUCACGGCACACCAAACGAUGAGGAAGAGCAAGCGGAAGAGGUUGGUUCUUCCCAAGGCGGUGAUAAAGUUGAAUCUGUCUUUAAGGCCAAUUUUACAAAGACCAAAGACCUCAAAACCGAGAUAUGGUACACCGCUUGCAAGCAUUGCCCAAAAAGAGAACUAGACAUUGUAUACGUCUCUUUUUUAAUUUUUUUUUUAAAAUAAGUCAUAUUUUUAUGUUUUAAAUUUAAUUUAGUAAUAUUCAUGAAAAAGGCAUAUUUCUAUGAUAGUGAUGUUUCAUUGUUGCUUAGUCUCGAUAGUUCUUAUACUUUUUUGUAUCCUACACUUUAUUUUUAUUAAGAGAACAUACCUCAAUUGCACCUCAUAAGACAUUUAAACGAUACAUACAAAAAAGGAAUGAGUUAACAUACAUAAGUUUUGAAAACAAAACAAACUUUAAAUUUAUUUUUAUAGACAAAGACUGUGUUCUUCAUAUUUUAUGCUUAAUUGUUAAAAAAAUAACGGUAAAUUUAUGUUUGUUGACAUAUAGUUCAAGUUUAAAUUUAUCAUUCUCCUUUUUUUUUAAAAUUUGUUCCCCUACUAUCUCCG